CUGACGCCGGGGGGUGGACGACUCCUUCCCCACACAAUUAUGCCGCCUCCGUCGGCGUCGGCAUAUGGCUUUCCACCUUAAUAAUACUCAACCAUCCUCCGUUGUAUAAGCUGGCGGAGCCCCGUAUUGCUAUCGGUUGCCGGUAGUAUGCUUGUUCGCUACAUAAGCUACCAUAUAAACCUCGAGGCAGCAGAUAUAGAAACACUUGACAAUGCCUCACUCCAUCACCGUCAAACAGAUCGAGGGGAAACCCGGCGCUGUCUACUAUCCCCUCCAACUCAAUGAAGUUCCCAAGCCGUCUCCAGGGCCCAAAGACGUCCUGAUCCGUCUGACUGCCGCGGCUCUCAACCACCGCGACCUCUUCGUCCGACGCCAUCUCUACCCGGGCAUAUCAUUCGACCACCCGAUGCUCGCAGACGGCUAUGGCAUCGUCGUUGAGGUUGGGAAAGAUGCAAGCCAGGACCUCCUGAAUAAGGCGGUUCUCAUCACGCCAAGCCGUGGCUGGGCCUCCAGCCCUGACGGGCCCGAAGACAUCCGCAAGUUCAGUGUCAUCGGCGCCACAAAAAGCUAUCCCGACGGUACCGCGCAAGACUACCUCGCUCUUCCCGAGACCGAGGUGGAGCUGGCCCCGGAGCACCUCACGCCCGUCGAGGGAGCUGCCCUCCCCCUGGUCGGACUGACCGGGUGGCGCGCGCUGGUGACCAAGAGCGGGAACGCUGAGAAGGGCAGAAACAUCCUUGUCACCGGCAUUGGCGGCGGCGUAGCGCUCCAGGUCCUCCAGUUUGCAGUCGCGUUCGGCUGCAACGUCUACGUGACAUCCGGCGACGAGGCCAAGCUUGAGAAAGCCAAGAAGCUGGGUGCCGCCGGGGGUGUGAACUACAAGAGGGUCGGGUGGGAAAAGGACCUCCAGGCCCAGCUCCCCAAGUCGCGGCCGUAUCUCGACGCCGUCAUCGAUGGUGCAGGCGGCGAUAUUGUAGGCAAGGCGGUCAAGGUGCUCAAGCCAGGCGGCGUCAUUAGCCAGUACGGCAUGACGGUGUCGCCGCAGAUGGACUGGCUGAUGCAGGCGGUGCUCAAGCAUGUGGAACUCAAGGGUACGACCAUGGGGUCGCGGGAGGAGUUUAGGGACAUGGUUGCCUUUGUGAGAGAAAAGAAGAUCAGGCCGGUUGUGAGCCGGGUGGUCACUGGGCUGACGAAUCUGGAGGGUAUUGAUGGGCUUUUCAAGGACAUGGACGCCGGGACGCAGUUCGGCAAACUUGUCAUCAAGUUUGAAGAGGAACCGGCUUCUCCCAAGCUAUGAGAAGCAAGUCUAUGUCUGGAUAUACAACCGACGGAUCCAGCUCAAUCGCCAUGGUCCGUAUCACAUGUUUUGACGUGAGCCAAAAACCUCAGCAAGUGAAGUUGACUUUGCCGUACUGGGUUGCAAGCACUCAGGAAAAGGAAAUGUCCGGACUGGGUUGAUUUUUGACCGGGGCCAGCAAUAAAUCUUCACUUGUAUGGGGCUUUUUUUUCUUCUUCUUUUAUUUUAUUUUAAAGAGACAGUAGUAUAGCUAGCUACCUAGCCAUCCAACUUCCCCUAGAUAACGAGUAGAUGGACAUAUACGCCUGAUCCAGGACGAUUCCA